AGCCUUAUCAUCACCUUCCAAAUGGAUAGAAAUAUAUAGGCUAUCAUCACAAAAUUUUCACUCUCUAGUCCUCAACAAUGACUCUUGCUCCCUCCGCUGCCAAAAUCCUCUCAGUUCACUCCCAUGAAUUCGACCACCCCGCCACUACCACGCCUUCAUCUCUCUCCUUCAAUCCAACCACUGCAAGAAAGCCAAUUUUCUUUACUUCCGCUAAAACUAUCUAUGUUUACCCUCCUGUGCUACAGUGUAGCAAGGCGUCUGAUAAUGGGCGCUUCCUGAAAUCACUUGUGGUGGCGGCUUUGGCUACUGAAGCUGAGGUGGCGGAGGAGGUCGUGGAACAGCAGGAAACUGAUGGUGGAAGUGUUGCUGUUGCUACAAAGCCCAAGAAAGGCAAGGCUGCAUUGCCUUUGAAGAGGGAUAGAACAAGAUCCAAGAGAUUUUUGGAAAUCCAAAAAUUGAGAGAAAACAAAAUGGAGUAUGACUUGAAAACUGCAAUAUCAUUGCUCAAGCAAUCAGCCAGCACAAGGUUUGUUGAAACAGCUGAAGCCCAUUUCCGCCUCAAUAUUGAUCCGAAAUAUAAUGAUCAACAACUGAGGGCAACUGUUAAUUUGCCGAAGGGGACCGGUCAGACUGUUAAAAUUGCUGUUCUUACACAAGGUGAAAAGUUCGAUGAGGCAAAAAAUGCUGGAGCUGAUCUUGUUGGUGGGGAAGACUUGAUAGCACAGAUAAAAGGAGGAUUCAUGGAUUUUGACAAAUUAAUUGCGACACCGGAUAUGAUGCCUAAGGUUGCGAGCCUUGGAAAAAUUUUAGGUCCACGAGGACUAAUGCCAAAUCCAAAAGCUGGAACUGUAACUACAAACAUACCGCAGGCUAUUGAGGAAUUUAAGAAGGGGAAGGUAGAAUAUAGAGCUGAUAAAACUGGGAUUGUUCACUUGCCUUUUGGGAAGGUUGAUUUUUCAGAGGAAGAUCUUAUUAUAAACUUUCUUGCUGCAGUGAAAUCAGUUGAAGCAAACAAGCCAUCUGGAGCUAAAGGUGUGUACUGGAAAAGUGCUCAUAUAUGCUCAUCUAUGGGGCCAUCAAUUCGGUUAAACACAAGAGAUAUGCUCGACUACAAGCCCCCAUUGAGUGCUUAGAAUAUACAAAGAUCUCCUGUAAAAUAUUUUGGCAUUCGAUUCUUCAGUGCCCUUACUAGCAGAAGGCACACACAAAAAGGAAGAUAUCUGAAGUGAGUAUUUUUUGUAAGCCUUUUCUGCUAAACUUUGUAACAAAGCUCCAGUUUACUAUCGGCCUCUAUCUUUUGUAGUUUAUGCAAUUUUAUGCUUCAUACAAUCAAAAUCUAGGAUGCAUUUCUCGCC